AGACGCAGAGUCAUUGGCGAAACUGAAGCAAUGCAAGCAACAUCCAUGUCUUAAUCACAUUCUGACAUUCACUCUAAAUUGCCCAUUGAAAACUGUUCCUGAGUCUUCUGACUGAGACUUGGGAUCAGAGUUCAAACCCAGAAACGUAAAGCAAACCAUCUCACUCACACAGUUUUCUCUCGGCGAUUUCGGGUUGAGAAUAAGGGAUUUGAAACCCCGGCCUAAAAUGCAUCCCAGAGGAAGUCGAAGAAGAAGGAGGGGUCAGACUCGUAUGGAUGCAGCUCUUGAUGCUAUGCGUCCUUUUGGAUUUCCCUACCCUUUAGUUCGACAAAAAGUUAAGGAGCUCCUAAAUGUGUAUGGUGGAGAUGACGGUUGGGUUUUUGUUGAAGAAGGAGCUUACUCGCUUCUUAUUGAGACCCUUCUCGAUAAUGAAAAUGCUAACGAGGAAGAACAUAGGCACAAUUCUUCACAAGCUGAGGCAGGGGAUGCAAAUGAUGAUACAAAUGUUCCAGCUGGUGAGCCAGAGCCCUCGACUCUUCUUCAUGCAUGCUCUAACUUAGUAGAUGCAGAUCCAGUACUGCAGACUCAUGAGGUUUUGGACACUUCAUCGCGAACCAGUGAUCCUCUGUACACUGCAUCAAGGACUACUUCUCAUGAUGAAAAGGGUUGUCUCUCAACGUCUAGCAAUACUGUUGGCUGUGAAAAUUUAGAGAAGACUCUAGAGAAGUCUCCUUCAAAUGAUAUCAGUUCACCAUUGCCUGAGCACAGUCAUCCAAUCCGGAAGCGUAGAUUUUACCAUGGGUGGAUUGACAGCGACAAUGAUGAGGAUGAGUAUGGGGAUGAUGAUCUAGUGGAACUAACCCCAGCUCCAUUGCCAGAAGAGUCAACCAAAUUGAUGAACAGGGUUCAAAAAGCACAGGACAGGGUGGGAUUGCAGGCCUGAUGAUCUCUUGUCAUGGAGAUGAUUUAAUGUACAUACAGACUACUAGUCUGCAACAUAACUUUUGGAAUUAUGUAGAUUUGCCACAUCAUAGUUUCACUCUAACAGUUCAUUUUUUUUGUUCAUAUGGAUGGCAUGCCGCUUUCAUAAUUGUCCUGUGGGUUGGUCUCUAAAAGUUUGCAUUGCCUUAAGGUUUCAUGAAUUAUAUGAAGUUUGCUGAGGAAACCAUGUAGCAGUUCAUCCUAUACCAAAAACUUUGUCAAAUGCUUGAGAUAUGUAGCGUAUAUAUGCUUGAAUUACAGUUUUAAAAGAUAAAACUGACCAAAUGGAAAAUUGUUUAUGUUUCUUUUUUUCCCUAUCAAUUUUAGUUAUUAAAAUCAUUAAUUAUAUAGGUUGGUAGUUGGUCAAAUUUGUUAAAUUGAUAAGUAAUGAUUAAGUAAGGGAGUAAUUUGACAUCAUAUGAUGAUGGAGGACAAGGGAAAUCAAAAUAGAAGAAAAUAUUCUUCAUAAUUCAAGGUCUUACAAAAUAUAUAUAUAUAUAUAUAUAUAUUUUUUUUUCGGUUUAUCUUUUUAUAUCAAUUUAUUUCCUUGAGGAAGGGUAAAUUAAACAUUAUUGUAUAUUAAAUUUUGUAUUCUAUUUUUUAUAUUUACUGUAUUUGAUUGAAUAUAAUUUGUAAUUAUAAGGCCAUAAAUGAAAUUUCUUAAAUUAGAUUAUUCAAAUUAAAAUCCCUGUAAAGUUGAUGACCCUGCCACAAGUACACAUAAUUGUUCCUAUAAAUACUCCAAAACCCUUUUAAUCUACGGUGGGAUCGUAACUAUUCGCGUAACCAAACAGACCACUUCUUUUUCCUAGCACCAUAAAAGCUUCAUUUCAGUUAGGUUUUAAGUGCUGUCCAAAAAACAAAAAGAAAAAAAAAAAUUUAGGUUUGAGGUUUUACGCGCACACAGAAACAGGGACGGAGAAAGAGAGA